AUGGCGUUCAUUCUGACGCUUUUCCGGUCUAAACCAAGUAUCAACAAACCGACCAAACCUCGUCGCAACUGGGGUCGAUUUGGCCGUUCACAACCCAAUGCAGACCCACGCCAGUCCCAGGAAUUCGACCCACUCACGAAGCUUGAGUCGAAUCUAGUCAAAACUCAGACAGAGCGAAGGAGCAGUGGUCACAGCCUGUACGAGACCAAGUCGGUGGAAUCCACCGAGCCAUUCCCUCCACUUGUUGAUGAAAUUCCGGACGACCCUUCUACCGUCCCUGCUGCUAGUGGCGACGAUGCGAGCCAGCUUCUUUCGCGAUCUCAGCAUGGCUCUAAGCGACUCAGUGGUCUAAAGGCUCUCUUCCGUCAGAGCAAAGCGUCUCAGGAUCGAGAGUCUGUUACUGGUACUACGGUGGAUGAUAUCAUUGACCAGCAUGGAUCCAGCAACGCGAACGCAGUGGAGACCUCGCUGGAAAAGGAUGACUUUGUUGUCCUGUCUGAGAACAAAGCCCCUGUCGAACCUGAACCCCAUGCUACCGGCGAGACGCGGAGAGCUAGCUCUCAGACGACUCGGUCCAAUGAGUCGAGUCACUCCAACAUCACUGUCUGUCGGCAUCCCUCGCAGCGCGACCCGACGCCUAUCCAGGAAAUCUUCGAUGAGGGCUGGAUGUGGCCGGGUAUUCUAAAUUACACGCAGGGGAUUGUGCAUAGUCCAGAGGCGUCCGACCCCUUCUCGGAUUCGAAAAAUGCCGACGAUGCUGCUGAACCCUCAGUGGCCAGUGAAGACCGAAGCCAGAAAGCCUCAACGCAGGGACCUGUCCCGCUUGAAAACCCGCUGGUCGUUCUGCCGCUCCCUUCGACAGUAGAUGGUGGCAGCUUCCGCGCUGUUCCCAGCACCAACCGAACGAGCUCGGCUAGCAGCCACGCCAGUUGGACAACGCAAAUCAGUCACCUUGACCCGAACAAGGCGACCAUCUCGUUUAAUCAAUUGGCGGCACGAUUGAACCUCCACAUCUCAAUACCGCGCGAGGCGGAUGACCUGGAGGCUUUUCCAUCGAACGACGACAAGUCCCCCGUCAACGAAGUUCAGGGCGUACCUCGACGUCGUCACGGACUGCUGGGCCGAGUCCGCCCAGUUCGCUCCACUGUGGCACUAGCGACAACGGCCCGUCCCUCAGACCGAAAGCUGAGACGGACAAAGACAUUCUCGAAUCUCGCGCGUCGUCCUGCCCCGAUGAGUUCCCUGCGAGUUGCCCGCGUGCAUCGUGGCGACGAUGAUGUUUCUACGGAAAUUCGGUCGGUCGGCCCGCUCUCCUCUACGUCAUGGCAUGGGUCACUAACGCGGCUUCUGGCAGGUCCUAAUACAGCAGAACUAUUCGUAGAACCGGGAGAUAUCAAAGCUGCGGCCCGACUCUAUAACUAUUUCGCCAGCCAGGUCCUCUUAGCGGAGAAGGACGAACCCAAGAUCGCGCUGACGAUGCGAGUGAUUGCCAUGCCACACUUGGAGAUUCGUUCGGCUGGUAAAGAGGCCGCGCCCGUGCUCAGUGUCUGCUGGGUACUCAGGAAAUUGCUUGCGGGUCUGCCGGGUGGGACCCUCGGGUCUACCCAUCUGUACCAGACCCUGAAAGCCAUCUACUUUGCCCCCGCCCCCGACGACCCGCUGCCACACAUGCAGAACUCCCUCGCCGCACUGUCUCCGAAGACUUCCGCCCGGGUGCAACUGAUUGCCCUGGCAAUCACAGCGCAGACGAGUGAGAUGCAGUGCGCCCUCAUCUGCGCGGUGUUUGGGCUACUUACGGGAUUGGUUCAUGAGACCGAGAGAACCGUCGAGCGCAUAGAGCGCCAGCGGCAAGCCGGGACUGCCAUUCCGGAAGGUGCAGUGGCGGGCCUGCCGACUGUGGAUGGCCUGGCACGGGUGUUUGGACCGUUGCUCCUCGGGGCCGAUGGGCGGGCACGAGGCACGGGCGGCGGAGUGGUCUUGCACAGUGAGGAUGUGGAGCAGGAGGUGGAGGAGCAGCGCGUGGCGGAACUGCUGAUUCUGAACUGGCGCGACGUGAGCCGCCAACUGAAGUUGUGGGCGCGGUAUGGGUAUCCUGCACGGAUGAUGAUGCCACCACUGACGGACGACUGA